AUGGCCGACGAUACUAGAGAUAAACUACAAGCGCUCAUGGAGGAGUACAAGAACAGCGAUCCAGCCAACAAUGUUCGUCAACAAGUAGUCCUUCAGGAUGACAAUGAGCACCGCAACUUGACGCAAGAGCCACGACGUAUGCGUGAAGAUCCAGUGGCGUUUAUGCUAAAUCUCGGAUUACAUUACAGGGGAACUGGAUGGCGUGGCUACAAGACUUACAUUGGCAACAAGAUCUUUUACCCUGAAUUCUCACCCCGAAUGAAGUCUCUUGUUCUCAACAGCGAAGCAGUUCAAAAGGUGAUCGAUGAAUUGGCCGAUCGACAAGCUGAACGACUCGCCACUGUCCAAAAGAAAAAGAACAUUUCUGAACAAGAAUAUCAACGUCGCAUGGCACGUCAACGUAAAGCACUGAGAAAGGAACUUGAAGCAGUCGCCAAAGGAAUUGCAGACAAAUGUGUCUCUACCAUGGAUGAUAUUCGCAAUGUGAGAUUCUUUGCUUUUGCUCUCAACAAUAUCCUCGUUCGCUUGUAUCAUCAAGGCAUUCACAUCAAGGAAAGCCAAUGGGUCGAGUUGAAGCGAAUUGCAUUGAUGGCACAACAAAAGAAGCAAUCAUUGAUCCUUGCACCGUGUCACAAAUCACACAUCGAUUAUCUGGUGGUGUCCUACAUCUUUUUCCGGCUAGGCCUCCAGAUCCCUCAUAUCGUCGCUGGAGAGAAUCUUGAUCUCCCUCUUUUGGGACCUUUCUUGAAAUCAUGUGGUGCGUUCUUCAUCAAGCGAGAGUGGGGUGGCAAUGGCUUGUACAAGACGAUCAUGGAGGAAUACAUUACCACAUUGCUUUUGGAAGGAAUGAACUUGGAGUGCUUUAUUGAGGGAACACGAUCUCGCCUUGGAAAGCUGCUAUCGCCCAAGCUGGGUAUUGUCAAGAUCGUAUUGGAUGCUAUCAUCUCAGGGCGAGUUUCUGACUGCUUCAUUGUUCCCAUGUCAUUGGGUUAUGACAAGAUCAUUGAAACUUCAAGCUAUGCGAACGAGCUUUUGGGUAAUCCAAAGGAAAAGGAAAGCUUAUGGGGGUUGGUUACCAAUACUCGCAUUCUGCAGCUGAAAUGGGGUAGAGUGGAUGUCCGCUUGAGCAAACCAUUCUCAUUAAGAGGUUGGCUGGAAGAUCAGCUCAAUAUGCGCGGGUCAAUGGAUUUGACGAACACUGGACAAAAGUCAAUACUUUUGAAAUCUUUGGGUUAUCGCAUUCUCUCUGAUAUCAAUGCUAUUUCCGUUGUGAUGCCAUCCGCAUUACUAGGCACUGUGAUGCUCACCUUACGUGGUCGUGGUGUUGGUAGAAGCGAACUUAUUCGGCGUGUGGAUUGGUUAACGAGGGUGAUCCGUUCCAAGGGUGGUCAAGUGGCUGAAUUUUAUGGCAUGUCUACUGGUGUCGUGGUCGAUCGUACUGUAAGCAUCCACAAGGAUCUCAUCGCUGAACAAAAGGUCAAGGAUCUUUUGGAGCCAACAUUUUAUUGUGUCAACCCAUUCGAGCUCUCCUAUUAUCGUAAUCAAGUGAUUCACAUGUUUGUGGAAGAAGCCAUUGCAUGUGUUGCUUUGUACACUGUGGUCAAGCUUGGUGGCAGCAAAGUGAACCAGCGCAUGAGAUAUACCGAUUUACUGGAAGAGAUUUCGUUCCUUUCAAGCUUGCUCAAAUUGGACAUGAUCUACAAACCUGGAGGUGUCGAGAACAAUACCCGAAGAACAGUGAGAUGGCUCGCUGAUAACGACGUCUUUGAAGUCACGGAUGAUGGCUGGGUGACCUUAUCAGACGCUGAACGAGCCUGUGGACGCGAGAAUUAUGAUUUCCUUUGUUUCUUGAUUUGGCCUUUUAUUGAUUCGUAUUGGCUCGCUGCUGUCAGCUUAUUCUCGCUUGCUCAACCUAAUCGACCCUCUGGAACAACAGGACCCGUCAAAGCGGACAUGAAGGUGUUUUCUAAUCGAGCACAAGCCCUUGGUAAAACAUUGUAUUAUCAAGGUGACCUGAACUACUUGGAAGCAGUCAACAAGGAGACUUUGAGCACUGCAUUCAAUCGAUACCAAGAACAAGAUAUCAUUACAAUCCAACGCCAUCCCACUCCUAAGCCAUGGAUAGAGAUUUCAUUAACGGAUCAUUAUGUACCUGAACGCGUGAAUGGCAUGUUGAUGCCUCAAGGCGCCCUGUGGGAUCUAGCGGACCGGAUCGGCAAGUUUAGAAUGGAAGGCAAGAACCGGAGAGACAGCCAAACAGUGAGCACCCGUGUUUUACGUCUUGCAGAAAUUUUGGCUGAAGAAAAUGCAACACCUUCCGCAAAUCAAAAGACCCUGUUGAAAAAGCGAUCUGCUGACAAAUCCAAGCUCUAG